AUGCGGCCAAAAUUUGUGACUUUACUUUGCGCUCUAGCGAGCCUGGGCUCAACGGCCCAGGGCGCUGCGACAACUGUCUCUCCAGGAUGCGGAACGGUACCAGCUGAUAUCGUCUUUCUUCUUGAUUCGUCUGGAAGUGUAGGUUCCUCAAACUUUCAAAAGCAAAAAGACUUUGUUGCUAGAUUCGCCAAUUCUUUUGACAUUGGACCACGAAAUGUCCAAAUUGGCGUAACUACCUUUUCCACGACGACCCACAACCAGUUCAACAUGAACAAAUACAGUUCGAAAUCUCCACUGGUCAACGCUAUCAAUGCAAUUCCUUAUGAUUCCGGAAGUACACAUACGAGUGAGGCUAUUGACUAUGUCACUCAGCACAGUUUUACUCACGCUGCUGGGGACAGAGAUAAUGUAGCAAAUAUAUUGAUCGUAAUGACUGAUGGUCAGUCUAAUAACAAGCCUGCUACUUUGGCCUCAGCCAACAAACUUCACGCUAAAAACAUCAAAGUUUUUGGAAUCGGUAUUGGUAAUGGUAUUGAUCGUGGUGAGCUGGAACACAUCGCAACCGACAACAAGCACGUUUUCACCGUAUCCAAUUUUGAUGCUCUGACCACUUUGCAGGCAGAACUCAAGAAAACCGCAUGUGAAAUUGACGGAGGCUGGAGUAAGUAUGGCUUCUGGAGUCCGUGCACGAAGUCUUGCGGCGGAGGCACACACUACAGGGAAAGAACCUGCUCUAACCCACCUCCAGCCAACGGAGGAAAGCAAUGCGUGGGUGCAAGCCGUGAAACGGGCACCUGCCAUACUAAUGCUUGUCCAACUAAAGCCCCCACCACCACCACCCCUAAACCACGAACCACCCAUGCACCGACCACCUCAGCCCCAGGUUGCGGUUUGGUACCAGCUGACAUCGUUUUCAUUCUCGAUUCCUCCGGCAGUGUCGGCACAACGAACUUUCAGAAAAUGUUGCAAUUUGUCAGGACAACGUCUCAAGGAUUCGAUAUUGGCCCUAAUGGUACAGAAGUAUCCGUCGUCACAUUCAGUGAUAAGCCUCAUUUGGAAUUCCAUCUCAACAAAUAUCACGAUAAGAAUUCUGUUUUGAACGCCAUUUCUAACGUCCACUACAUAACUGGUGGUACCAAUACAGCAAAUGCUCUCAAAUACGCACGAGAGACAAGUUUCACAGCGGCAAAUGGCGUCAGGCCAAAUUCUGCCAAGAUUGCCAUCGUCAUUACCGAUGGAAAGUCCCAGAGCGCAAGCGCAACAGCCAGUGAAGCUAAUUUGCUCCGUAAUGAUGGUGUCACUGUCUUCUCCAUCGGCGUAGGCUCAGGACCGAAGACGAGCGAACUUAAUGCCAUGGCAACCGAUCCCGACAACCAGCACGUGUUUGUCGUCAACAACUUUGAUGCUCUGACACAAAUCAAGAGUACACUGCAACAGAAGGCUUGUGAAGUGAAGGCAACAGUUGCUCCUGCUCCACAAGCCAACGUCGGUUGUGGAGCUAAGGCUGAUAUCGUGUUCUUACUGGAUUCCUCCGGCAGUGUUGGAUCGAGUAACUUCAACAAAAUGUUACAUUUCGUCCAGAAUGUUUCUGACACCUUCGCCAUUGGGCCCAAUGAUGUCCAAGUUGGAGUAGAUACCUUCUCAACUGGUCACAAGUCAGAAUUCAAUAUGGGAGCGCACUUGACCAAACCAUCUCUUCUUUCCGCCAUUGGCAAUAUUCAUUAUCAUAGUGGAUCAACACACACCGGACAAGCUAUUAACUUCAUGCAUACUUCGAGUUUCACUUCCGCAGCAGGACAUCGUCCCAACGUUCCUAAAAUUGGAAUCGUUGUCACUGAUGGCAAUUCAAACAACAGACAAUUGACCAUUUCGGAAGCCGCAAAGGCAAGAAAGGAUGGCAUCACCAUGUUGGCUAUUGGAGUUGGGCACGGCAUUAAUUCAAAUGAACUGAACGCUAUCGCUAGUGACCCGGACAGCCAAUACGCAUUCAGGGCCGAUAACUUCGAUGCCUUGUCAUCCCUUAAGACCCUUUUGUCAACCAAAGCUUGCGAAGUAUCCAAGCCACAUCCAAAUAACACAGCAAAUUGUGGAGCUGUAGCCGAUAUCAUCUUUAAUUUGGAUUCAUCCGGUAGUGUUGGAAAAGCUAAUUUCGAUAAGAUGCUCGAAUUUGUGAAAUCCACAGUUAAGAAUUUGAACAUCGCCAGCGACAAAAUUCGAGUGGGUAUGUCUAUUUUCUCUUCAAGGCAGUACAAUAUCUUCAACCUGAACCGUUACACCGACAAAGCGUCUCUAAUGGCUGCAAUUAACAACGUACCAUACAAAUCUGGAGGUACCAACACUGGAACAGCACUUAAAGAAGUAUAUAGCAAGAUGUUUACACAGGCCAACGGUGACCGUCCAGGCAUUCCUAACAUCGAAAUUGUUAUCACUGAUGGUCGCUCCAACAACCAUCCUGACACUGUGAAAGAAGCCACUAACACUCAGAACAAGGGCAUCAACGUCUUCGCGGUAGGCGUAGGAUCAGGCGUUAGCAAGUCUGAACUGAACGAUAUCGCCUCAAACCCAGACAGUUCACAUGUCCUGACCGUGACAGACUUUAGUAAACUCAGUCAGAUCCAGUCAGCCUUCCAGACCCAGGCUUGUGCAGUUAUUCCACCGACGGCACCAGCACAUAUUCCAACAGCUUUUCCAUCACAACCUCCACCCCUUGACCCCUGUCAAGACAAACUAGCAAACUGUGCUACAUAUGGCUUAAGAUCCUGCGCCGGUCAGUACACACAGUGGGCUCAAACUAACUGUGCCCGUUACUGUGGAUUCUGUGCAACUGCUGUCCCUACUAUCCCUCCUCCCUGUGUGGACAAGCUGCCAAACUGCCAUGAAUACGAUGUAUCCGUAUGCUCUCAAUACGGUCCAUGGGCCUCUGACAACUGCAUACAGUUCUGUGGAUUCUGUCAAUUCAACGCCCAAGGCGUGAAUGGAUACUAUGGUCGAUGUUCCUACGGCGGUAAAACAUACGCACAGGGACAAUCCUGGUCUGAUGGAUGUGCCUAUGAUUGUACGUGUGACGACGCUACUAAGGGACAGUACAGUUGUUACAACAAGUGUCCUUCCUACUACAAUCUACCUCCCCAGUGUACUCUCACUCAGAAGAGAGGACAAUGCUGUCUGGAACCUGUUUGUAAUUUCAACCCGACCUACCAAACCACAACUGGGCAGACUGUCGGAACUGUCAAUGGAAUCAAUACAUGUAAAUACAAUGGCCAUGACUAUUACCAAGGCCAGACCUGGAAUGUUGGAUGUGAAUUCAGCUGCCAGUGUGUCGAUGCCGGUGCAGGCAUGUACAGCUGUCAAUCAAGAUGCCCAACAUAUAAGGACCUACCAUCAAUGUGCCACCUGCACAAGGAGCCAGGAAAGUGUUGUCAGGAACCCCAAUGUGACUACAACCAACAGUAUGGUACAUUCACCGGUACUGGAGCCAUCAGUGGACAAGGAGUCGCAACACCUACUGCUGCUCCAACGUGCGCCGAUAAGGCAACCAAUUGUGCUCUUUACCAAGCCAACAUGUGUAGUGAUGCCGGGUACCACGCAUGGGCGUUGGAAAACUGCGCCAAAUACUGCAACUUCUGCGAUGAGUUGAAUGCACCAUCGCCAAAUGCUCGUUGUAUUUACAAGGGCGUUGCCUAUCAACAAGGACAGACGUGGUACGAUGGGUGUGAUUACGAAUGUAUGUGUGAGGAUGCGCGGUACGGUUACUACAGGUGCAACAAACGUUGCCCAGACUACGUCAAUCUGCCUCUCGGCUGCCACAUGGUUAAGAACUCUUCUGAAUGCUGUUCCAAAAUCCAAUGUGAUGGAGGACAGGGAAAUUUCGUGGGAUCUUCGACUGUUCCUAAUGUAGUUGGCAGUUACCCAGUACCAAACAUUGCCCCAACCCUCGCUCCCCAGCCCGGAUCUGGUGGCACCCCAGGAUUAGUACCAAGUCUGAUUCCAAAACAAAUUGAUGGAUGCUAUGUCAACGGAACCCUUUAUCAACAAGGCCUCAGAUGGCAAGACGGAUGUGAUUUCACAUGUAUCUGUGAUGACGGCAAAACAGGACGAUUCCGAUGUCAGCCAAAGUGUCCUGACUUCCAGAACCUUCCAUCCCAAUGUACGUUGAUUGAGGAUCCUACCGAUCCCUGCUGUAAAGUGCCAUCAUGUCCGCCCGGCUCCAACGUUCAGAUCCCCGUACCUUCAUAUGGCCCAGGUUUCUCUGGAUACGGGCAAGCUCAGCUGCCACCACAAAUUGCCACAGGAGGUUAUGGUCCCGGACCAUCAAGCAAUGGAACAGCUGGUCAGCCAUCCUCAUUCACCGGAAGUAACCCUGGACCAACCGUCUCCGGAAGUAGAAACGGUUGCGUAUACAAGGGCGUGGUUCACCAACAAGGCCAAAGCUGGGACGAUCAAUGUGACUUCCGAUGCACAUGCGUUGAUGCUUCACAGGGACAAUACCGAUGCUCUGAUAGGUGUCCAUCCUAUCAAAACAUCCCUAGCAAUUGUCGCAUGGUACAAGAUCCCAAUGACCGUUGUUGCAAGAUCCCCAAGUGUGAUGGAGCUGCGGCCACCACGCCUGCGCCGUUUUAUGCCCGAACAACCCCGCCUACUGGAGGAGACUACUGUGUGUACAAGGGAUCGUACUACCACCAGGGUGAAGAAUGGAACGACGGCUGCAGCUACAGAUGUCGCUGUGAGGAUGCUAGGAACCACUACCAUCAGUGUACAGAUAGAUGCGCUCGUUUCGAUAACGUUCCGCUAGGCUGCUCAUACCAACCUGAUCCUAAAGACACACAGUGUUGCCGUGUACCAGUGUGCAACAUUGCAGGAACACAGGGUGGAGUCUCUGGAGGAUCCGCCCCAACAGGAUUCACCGGAUCUUUUACUGGAUACGGAAAACCCCAAGGCAGUAAUCCUAACAACACAGUCACCGGUUAUACCAGGGCGUGUAUCUACAAGGGCCAAAUUCACCAACAAGGCGAAACAUGGCACGAUGGAUGUAAUUACGAUUGCGAGUGUACAGACGCUGCAAAGGGCAUGUACAGAUGUACGGACAGGUGUCCAAGAUAUGGAUCGCUUCCCAGUACGUGCAGUUUGACCGCUGACCCCAACGAUCGAUGCUGCCAGAAAGUGGAGUGCGCACCAACAGCAUCUGGUCAGUGCAAAGACAACAGAGCUGACUGUGCAUCGUUUGGCCAAUACGCUUGCCACGCCCCUUAUGCUGACUGGGCUAGAGAUAACUGCGCUGACUACUGUGGAUUCUGCGGUAAUGGAGCCACCCAAGCACCCACUGUGUCUGGUGUAUGUGAGGAUAAGAUCCCGAACUGCCAAGACUACGGUUCCGACACAUGUACUGGUCAAUACACUGGAUGGGCAACAUUCAACUGUCCAAAGUUCUGUAAUCUCUGUGGAGGAGCAACCCCAAACCCAGGCCAGGUUCCUACCCCAGGGGCAGGAUCAGGAUCAGGUACCUGUGUUGAUAAGUUGACCAACUGCGCGGAGUAUACUCGUGACUCUUGUUCGGAUCCAUACCUGAACUGGGCUAAGACCAACUGCCCUCGCUUCUGUGGACUCUGCGAUCAACUUGGAACUGGAACAGGAACCCAACCAGGUGGUACAGGAACUGGAACACAAGGAGGAUUUAGCGGAACCGGAACACAAGCACCUGGAGGAACCGGAACUGGUACACAAGGAGGAUUUAGCGGAACCGGAACACUAGCACCCGGAGGAACCGGAACUGGCACACAAGGCGGAUUUAGCGGGACCGGAACACAAGCUCCAGGAGGUGUUGCAACAGGAACACAAGGCGGUGGCUUUUCGGGAACAGGUGUAAAUCCAGGCGGCAGUGCAUCUGGAACUCAGGGAGGAUUCAAUGGUCAGGGAUAUGUGACUAUUUUGCCUGGACAAGCCUUCACCGGAAGCAAUUCCGGAUGUUAUUACAAGAACCAGCUCUACCAGACUGGACAGUCCUGGCAAGAUGGCUGCGAAUACAACUGCACAUGUGCAGAUGGUAUUCGUGGAUAUUACGUCUGUAACCAGUUGUGUACUCAAUGGACAAAUCUCCCAGCAGGCUGUGUACUUGAAAAACCACAGGGAGAGUGCUGCUCUACUCCUAAAUGUGCCGGAAGCGGAUCAUCUUUCGGAAACAGUACUUCAAAUACUGGUGUCUCUAGUGGAUGUUUUUACAAGGGUCAAACUUACUCUCAGGGUCAGAAUUUUGAUGACGGAUGUACAUACAAAUGUACCUGCACUAACGCCGCUACAGGCUACUACACCUGCAAAAACAAGUGUAUUAGCUGGAAUCUACCAGCUGCCUGUCAUUUGAACCCCCCAGCACAGGGAAAAUGCUGUCAGACUCCCAGCUGCCCCCAGGGCUACGUUCUUAACUACCCCCCGGGCUACGUUGAGGAAUAG